CUCUCCUCACCGUCUCGAAUAAAUAAAAUCCAAGUAUUAUUCAUUCUGGCUGGCUCCCACCGUCUCUCUGCGGUCUCGAACACUUCUUGCCUCCCACCCUCGACUUCUUCACCCCGCCCCAGCAACGCUCCCCCCGCAGCAAUAACCCCGACUUACUCACCGCCUUUUGGAGAAACCCAUCGAGGUCCUGCCCUAAUUCCCGUUUACUCCAACCAUUUGUAUUAAUUACUAUUAAUCAUCGGCAGAUCAGGAGUCAUCGUUGAAAUCCGUUAAGUCAGGCACAAUUUUAAUGGUUUGGUGAGAAUAUUCUCGGUAUAAUUGGAGAAAGCAUACGUUAAAUUCUUUGUCAGAGCUUGAUCCGGCUAGAGUUACAAUAACCGUCAAACGGAAAAUGAGCAGCUCGGAGGAAGUCUCUUGGAUCAGUUGGUUUUGCGGACUACGUGGGAAUGAAUUCUUCUGCGAGGUGGACGAAGACUAUAUUCAAGACAAGUUUAAUCUGACAGGACUUAAUGAGCAAGUUCCCCAUUAUCGUCAAGCAUUGGACAUGAUUUUAGAUCUUGAAGCGGACGAUGAAAUAGAGGACAACCCAAACCAAUCAGAUCUCAUAGAGCAGGCUGCGGAACUUCUAUACGGACUGAUUCACGCUCGCUACAUUCUUACCAACCGAGGGAUCGCCCAGAUGAUUGAGAAAUAUCAAUCUGGCGACUUUGGCCACUGUCCUCGCGUGUAUUGUGAAAAUCAAGCUAUGUUGCCCAUUGGGCUAUCCGAUGUGCCUGGCGAGGCUAUGGUUAAGCUGUAUUGUCCAAAGUGCAUGGACGUUUACACUCCAAAAUCUUCGCGACAUCAUCAUACUGAUGGAGCCUAUUUUGGAACUGGGUUCCCCCAUAUGCUGUUCAUGGUUCACCCCGAAUAUCGUCCAAAGCGUCCUACGAACCAAUUUGUUCCACGGUUAUAUGGAUUUAAAAUACACCCGUUGGCUUAUCAACUCCAGCAUCAAGCGGCAUCGAAUUUUAAGGCUCCAACAAUGCGAAUGAAUUAUAAUGGCGGAAAGCGUUAACCUCGCAUAGUGUAACUUUAUUAUCCAAUUUCAUCAAGAACAAGAAAUAAUAGGAAUAUAUAUAUAUAUAUAUGAAGAACAGCUUUCAGUUUUAUCUACAACAGUACCUUCUAUAUUUUUCGCAAUUGUGUAAAGUUAUUUUCCGGCUAAAUGCAGUUGGUAUUUGCAUGACCACCACCACCUCUCACCCCAAUCAACUUUUGUCCGGUUGAAUGGCUGAAUUAUAAUGAUCAGAUUAUUAAAGUCUACUCUAAUUUAUAAAUUA